AUGUAUCAAACUUACACAGACGAUAUUCCGCUGGAGCUUACCUCGUCCAUGUAUUCACCACUCGCUGCCAACGAUGCGGAAAACGAUCAACCAGCGCACCAAGAGGCAGUCUUUCUUGAUGGAAAGACCACUCGACCAAUACGCAGACCAUUACUGACCGUAAGCUGGGCUGUCGGCGCCCUUGGGGCAGCCAGCUUGGCUUCCAUUACUUUUGUAAUCAACACAGUCGUCUUAAUAUGGGCUUUAAAGAAGUUCAAAUUCGAACACGGAGUUGCCAAAGUCUUCGCCGGUGAUUGCCACCAAGCAGAAACCAUCAACACUUUGAUCCAUUUGGCUGUUAAUGCCCUGAGCACAACGCUCCUCAGCGGCAGCAAUUACUGCAUGCAGAUUCUUUGCGCCCCGACCAGGAAAGAGAUUGAUGAAGCUCAUGCCAAAAAUAGAUGGUUAGACAUUGGAGUUCCAAGCAUGCGAAAUCUUGAGACGGUUGCAGCUAGAAAAGUAGUCAUAUGGUGGUUACUUGGAUUGAGCUCGAUUCCCUUACAUCUGAUGUAUAACUCGGUUUUUUUUUCCACGAUUGCAGCCAACGAGUACGAUGCCGUGUUUGCAUAUGAAAGUUUCAUUGAAGGUGGUCCACAAGGCCUCUACUCUAAAGCGCAAUUUGCCAACAUCGAAGACAUUCAGGCUCAAGCCAAAACAUGGGAUAGGCUUGAACCAAUUGCCUGCAUCAAUUCCUACGCUACCGAGUUCCUCAGUACCAGAAGAAAUUUGGUGGCUGUGAUUCAACCCAAAACAAGCCCAGAUGGUACCCCUCUUCGUUCAAUGUCUGGGAAUGGCUCAGUGGAACGAGUGAUCUCGCAUACAUUUAGGUUCGAUAACCAAAAGCCAGGCACCUUCGAUUUCUAUAACUGGAUAUGUGAUGCCCCCGAUGGCAACACUCGAUACGGACUUGGUGCGUCAGAGAUGUCGUCGAGCUAUCCUUGUUCUUUGAAAUUGUCCAAAAUCAGAACGCAUUCAGACCGCUGGCAUUCGAAUGGGUGGGACAUCAAAUACUGCCUGAGCGAGCCGGUUAAGGGUGAAUGCAGCCUCAAUUUCAGUCUGUCGAUCGUCGUAAUAGUCAUAAUCUGCAAUUUUGGAAAAUCUCUGCUCAUGUUUCUUGUUGCCUUUGGCAUCAGGGACACCCCUCUGAUCACCAUAGGGGAUGCCGUUGACUCCUUCUUGAAUAGCAACGAUCCCACCACCGAUGAAAUGUGUCUAAUCAGCAAGGACGCCAUCAAGACUAAGGAGUGCGAGCACUAUCACCGAGGAUUAAUAGAUUUCAAUGAAGAAGCAUUUCGUGGCAAGAAGGGCUAUAGCUUGUCAAUUGGCGGAAAGGCGGAUCCAAUCAAAUACCGACCAAACGUCAAGCGCUGGUUCAAUGCUGCAAGCGGACCUAGGUGGUGGGGAUGCGCCUUGUUAUUUUACUUUUGCCUGGUUACAGUCUCAAUUCUGUUCGGAUAUGGAAUACUUAUGGCGAACGAUAAAAACACCAGAGAUUUUUCAUUCAAGGACCUCAUCGAUAUGGGCAUUGGUGCUGUCCACCCUACCACGCUCAUUAGCGGAUUGAGGUUGCAUUCUAUUGGCGGAACAACGCUCAUGGCAAGCGUUCUAAUGACUAACGUCUCACAGCCUAUCCUCUCAUUCUUUUACCUUCUAUCAAAUGGUAUAUUCACUUCGAUGCUACUGGCUGACGAAUGGUCCCACUUCGCCCACGAACGCAAAGCGCUUCGGUUAUCGAAGCCUAAGCUCGGGCAACGCAGUACAUAUUUCCUCCAAUUGCCAUAUAGAUACGCAAUCCCACUCCUCGUCCUGUCUGGUGUCCUACAUUGGUCAGUUUCACAAUCGAUCUUUCUGGCGCAAGUGGCGUCCUUCGAUAAAACGGGAAAGCUUGUGGACCCCGCUGCAAUCUCGACUUGUGGGUAUUCACCAAUAGCGAUUCUGAUUACGAUCGUGCUGGGAUGUUGCCUGGCGGCUUCUAUGACUUUGCUUGGUCUACGUCGCUAUAAGCCUGGCAUUCCGCUGGCUGGAAGCUGCAGCGCCGCUAUUUCCGCUGCCUGUCACGGGCGCUCGGACGUCGACACGACAGCGCCAUUACAAUGGGGUGUCACGUCGAAGGAGGGGGAGGAAAUUGGACACUGCGCGUUUUCUGAUCAUGAUGUACACCUGCCCACAGAAGGCGCUCUAUAUGCUGGUUUGAGAAAGAGGAUUUAG